AUGAGUCACAAUACUUCUGCGAACGGUGACGGGCAUCAUAUCCCUAUCCCCAUCACAAACCAAGACCUCUUUGAUACCCGCGGCCUCGUUGCAGGUUCAUGGAAAACCCCGCCGGGUGGCAAAUCUUUCCCCGUUUACGAACCGUCAUCUGGCAAAGUACUUAGACAAUGCUCUGACUUCGGACAUCAAGACUUCAUCAAUGCUAUCGACGUGGCAGAUAAAGGAUACCGACAAUUUUGGUCGUCGACAACAGCCAAGGAGAGGGGAAGUCUCCUGAGGGCAUGGUACGAGCAGAUUCUUGAGAAUGCCGACGAUUUGGCUGUCAUUCUAUCGCUGGAAAAUGGCAAGACCCUGGCUGAAGCGCAAGGGGAAGUCAAGAUGGCGGCUUCAUACGUCUCCUGGUUUGCUGAAGAAGCAACGCGGUCCUAUGGCGAGACGAUUCCUUCGUCUUUCCACGACACAACAGUGCUCACAUUCAAGGAGCCUGUAGGGGUCUGCGGUAUUAUAACGCCGUGGAACUUUCCAGCUGCUAUGAUCACCAGGAAGAUCGCGCCUGCGUUCGCCGCUGGAUGCUCUGUUGUGAUAAAGCCCCCAAGCGAGACACCGUUUAGCGCCAUCUCGCUGGCAAAACUGGCCAUCAAAGCUGGCAUCCCAGAGUCUAUUAUUCACGUGGUCCCCACGAAGGAUCGACAGGCAUCUCUUGAGUUGGCAACGAACCCCAAGGUUAAGAAGCUGAGCUUUACCGGGUCUACAGGAGUAGGCAAGAUGCUUACAAAGCUGGCGGCGGGAACUAUGAAGAAAGUGAGCAUGGAGCUAGGUGGAAACGCGCCUUUGAUCGUGUUUGAGGACGCAAAUUUGGAUUGUGCAGUACAAGGGACUUUGACUGCCAAGUUCAGAUGCGCCGGCCAAACAUGCGUGUGUGCCAAUCGGAUAUACGUGCAAAGCUCGGUUAUGGAAACAUUUACAGCCAAACUCGUGGAGCGAGUGAGUAACCUUGCUCUUGGCAAGGGCAUUGAGCAAGGCACGACCCUGGGGCCUCUCGUCAACGCCGCAGCCGUGAACAAAGUCGCACACCAGGUUGAGGAUGCAGUUUCGAAGGGGGCGGUUGUCAGAGCGGGAGGCAAACCACCAGGUACAGACGGCUUCUUCUUCGAGCCAACUGUCAUCACGGGUGUUACUAGGGAGAUGGAGGUUGCAACCGAUGAGACUUUCGGACCCCUUGCGGCGAUAUUCUCGUUUGAGACUGAAGAGGAAGUUAUAGCUUUGGCCAACGACACGGACUUUGGUUUGGCGGGGUACUUUUUCUCCAAGGAUAUUGGGCGCGUCAUGAGGGUGGCUCGUCAACUUGAGUGUGGCAUGGUCGGCGUUAAUACGGGCAUCAUGACAGCGUGCGAGUCACCGUUCGGUGGCAUCAAGGAGAGCGGUGUUGGUAUUGAGGGUUCCAAGUAUGGUUUGGCCGAAUAUCAGAAUGUCAAGGGUGUCACGAUUGGGAAUCUUAACGACUAG